CCUCCUCCUCCUCCUCCUCCCUCUUCAAACACUCCCCUCGUCAUCGCUCUCGCUCGCCUGCAAUCUUCGCAUCUCUCAACAGCAGGUAGAAGAAUAUGGCGGAAGCAGAGGAUAUCCAGCCACUCGUCUGUGACAAUGGGACCGGGAUGGUUAAGGCUGGAUUUGCGGGCGAUGAUGCUCCACGUGCUGUGUUUCCCAGUAUUGUGGGUCGCCCUCGUCACACUGGUGUGAUGGUUGGCAUGGGCCAGAAAGAUGCAUAUGUUGGUGAUGAAGCUCAAUCCAAGAGAGGUAUCUUAACAUUGAAAUACCCAAUCGAGCAUGGUAUUGUCAGCAACUGGGAUGAUAUGGAGAAGAUUUGGCAUCAUACUUUCUACAAUGAGCUUCGUGUAGCCCCAGAAGAGCACCCCGUUCUCUUAACAGAAGCUCCUUUGAAUCCUAAAGCCAAUCGUGAGAAGAUGACCCAAAUUAUGUUUGAGACCUUCAACACACCUGCAAUGUAUGUUGCCAUUCAGGCUGUCCUUUCCUUGUAUGCAAGUGGUCGUACUACAGGUAUUGUGUUGGAUUCUGGUGAUGGUGUGAGUCACACUGUGCCCAUAUACGAGGGGUAUGCUCUCCCUCAUGCUAUUCUUCGUCUUGACCUGGCUGGGCGUGAUCUCACCGAUAGUUUGAUGAAGAUCCUCACUGAGCGUGGUUACUCGUUUACCACCACGGCUGAGCGUGAAAUUGUGAGGGACAUGAAGGAAAAGCUGGCUUACAUUGCCCUUGACUAUGAGCAGGAGCUGGAGACCGCCAAAUCUAGCUCUGCAGUCGAGAAGACCUAUGAGCUUCCAGAUGGACAGGUGAUUACAAUUGGUGCCGAGCGUUUCCGGUGCCCAGAGGUCCUGUUCCAACCAUCCAUGAUUGGAAUGGAAGCUGCAGGCAUUCACGAGACCACAUAUAACUCCAUCAUGAAGUGUGAUGUGGAUAUCAGGAAGGAUCUUUAUGGCAACAUUGUCCUCAGUGGUGGUUCUACCAUGUUCCCUGGAAUUGCUGAUAGGAUGAGCAAGGAAAUUUCUGCGCUAGCACCAAGCAGCAUGAAGAUCAAGGUGGUUGCGCCUCCUGAGAGGAAGUAUAGUGUCUGGAUUGGUGGUUCCAUCUUGGCCUCUCUCAGCACUUUCCAGCAGAUGUGGAUUGCGAAGGCAGAGUAUGAUGAAUCUGGGCCAUCAAUAGUCCACAGAAAAUGCUUCUAAAUAUUUUGAGAGAAUAGGGUUGUGGAUCAAAGAAGUAUCACUUUAGGAAGAACUGCGACUUGCAUUUCUUUCUUUCUAGCUUUCAUUUAUGCUUCUUUCUUGUUAUUCUCAUGUUGGAGUGAUGACUUUUGAGGAGGUGAGGACUUUGAUUGCCAGGAUGGUCGAAUUCUUUGAUUAUUAAUAUUUUGGGAUCUCUCUA